AUGGUGAACGAGAAUGUGGGGGAUGAGAAUGAUAAUCAUAUGGGGAUUGAUGUGGGCAGUCUUGUUUCCUUGAAAACAUGCAAUGUUUCGUCGAUUAAGUUGAUAUUGAGCAGUGGGGUUAAGCUGCAUUCUUGGGUUGAUUAUGAUUCGAGCUCGAAAAGACUGGAGGUUAGGCUAUGCAAGUUCGGUGGCGCUAGGCCUUUUGACCCACUAUUAGCUUAUCAGGUUGAUCUGGGUGAGAUGUGGAAGGGGGAAGAAGUGUUGAUGGGGUUGAGUUCAUCUAGUGGAAACUCAGUCGAAGCUACAAGCGUGUAUUCGUGGAGCGUUAGAGCAAGAAGUGUUCCAACAUGGCUGCAUUCUCAGCCUGUGGAUCCCUUCAAGGUUUCUAGGGAGCAUAAAAUGGUGAAAAGUAACAGAUCAUGUCUAGUGACUCUCCUCUCCGGGUUGAUCUUUGCCAUGGGAUUUGGUGCACUAGUGUCAUUUGCAGCUCUGUUCUUCCGGGCUAUAUUCACUAGCGAAAAAGAGGCUGAGAUUCAACCAAAGUGCCUCGUAUAUCCCGGGGAAUUCAGGUACGAAAAGGUUAAUGUGGUUGUAGAUGAUAACACUGUGAAUGCCAAGAACUAG